AUGCGGCGCGCAAUAAUCCAAAACCUGCGCACGUUUCGCCGUCCAUCUCCUCGCAAGGCGCUCAAAACCCUACGUACGACCGCGCCGAAUCAUGCCAUCUUCUCCCGUACAAUAGCCUCUCGGACCCCACAACUCGCAGAUUCGUCCAUGCGAUUCUCAAGACGAGUCUCGAUACCUAUCGCUUGCGGUGUCGGAGCAGCUGCACUAUACUACGGCAUCAACCAGACGCAAGCCGAAUCUCCAGUCAACCCUGCCGCCGAUGUCUCGCCCAUCUCGAGUGCAGUGAGCAGUACGAAAGCUCGCAGCUACUCGACAAGCGCGUCGCCGACACAAACCUCAACUAUCCCGGACGCCGUACCAGAAGCUGUGAGGAAAGCACUCAUCGUCGAGCAAGGGCAACUCUUCACAGCACAGAUUCCAGCCGAUCAAGUCAUCAGUAAAGAGACGGACUACUCAGGUCGGAAAGUGUUGGAGAUGUUGACACCGGAACAAGCGACGGCCAAGUUACGGACGAACGAGGAGAGCUAUCUUGUUGGACGUGGUGCAGGUGUUGUCCGGUAUGAUGUCGUCCAGAUUCCCAGCAACGACCCGAUCGAGGACGAUCACGUCGAGAAAAUUGUCGAGAUACCAAGCACGACUGCGGCUGCCCUCGAUGGUAAGACAAGCUCAGACUGGAUGUUCUGGGGAGUCUUCGAUGGUCACUCCGGCUGGACCACCUCGGCGAAACUGCGACAGGAGUUAGUCUCGUACGUCGCUCAAGAGCUGAACGCAACAUACAAGUCAGCACUUUCAGAUCCGAAGUCCUCGAUACCACCUCCCGACGCCGUUGAUGCCGCGAUCAAGAAAGGCUUCGUCAAGCUGGAUCAUGAAAUCACUCACGAAUCUGUCGCAAAAGUCCUAAAGGCACAAUCGAAGGUGGUCGCGGCGAACAUCCUUGCACCCGCUCUCUCAGGGUCCUGUGCAUUGCUUUCAUUCUACGACAGCCGCAGUAAAGAGCUGCGAGUGGCAUGCACUGGAGACUCUCGGGCUGUACUGGGACGCCGAGGAGCGAGCGGCAAGUGGACAGCAACCGCACUCUCCGUCGAUCAAACAGGAGGCACACCUUCAGAAGAUGCACGUCUCCGAGCCGAACACCCCAACGAGCCAUACGUGACCAUGAACGGACGCAUUCUCGGCGGUCUCGAACCCAGCCGCGCAUUCGGCGACGCCAUCUACAAAUGGUCCAUCGAAACCCAAGAAAAAAUGAAACGCAACUUCUUCGGCCGCAGUUCUUCCAAACACCUCAAAACUCCUCCAUACGUCACCGCCGAACCCGUCGUCACCCGUACUCAAAUCGACCCCACCAAAGGCGACUUCGUAGUCAUGGCCACCGACGGACUCUGGGAAAUGCUCACCAACGAAGAAGUCGUCGGUCUCGUCGGCCAAUGGCUCGACACCCAAGCAUCACUCACAUCCUCCGCCGCUAAAAGCUCCACAUCUAGCUGGCUACAAUCCUGGUUCUCGUCACAAAAGUCCUCCACCCUUCCCAUCGAGCACCACGAUCAAGGCGAUGCUUCUGGUCAACGUGCGCCGGUUCGUCAACAACAGUGGGGUAUUCCGACCGGCCAGGAUACGCGGUUCGUGGUGGAGGAUAAGAACGCUGCGACACAUCUUGUGCGGAAUGCGCUGGGUGGAAAGGACAAGGAUAUGCUGAGUGCGCUGUUGACAUUGCCUAGCCCGUUCUCGAGGAGGUAUCGGGAUGACUUGACGGUGCAGGUCAUUUUCUUCGGGGAGGGCGAGGGGAAUGGAAAAGUGGAGUUGAAUUCGGAGGCGAGUGCGACGGCGGCGAAUGGGAAUGGGGUGAAGGCGAAGCUUUGA